CUUGAUUCUCAGUAACGUUUUUCCCAGUUCUGUGUUUUCGGCCUUUUCGUGGUGCUGUUGCACCCUUGUUGACUCGAGGAGCACUCUUCGGUGUCUUCUAAGGUCGAAUUGCACGCCCUUCCCCGUUGAAGUGCUUAUCCAGCAUGUCUGCCGCCGAGGCUCGCAGCUCUGGUUCGACGAUCGCCAUGGCUUCGAUGUGGUGGAACCCAGUCGCAUUCGCGGCCUCCCGUGCUGCCCUGAUGCGCAAUGCAUUCGUGUGGAACGGCUUCUCCCGGAAUCCAUUGGCAUUUAAUACGUGCGCUAUUGUCAUAAAAAGGGACCAAACGUCUACUUUCGAUGUCUGUCGCUUCCCUUCGAAGACCUCGGGUGCCAUAUAUAUUAGAGACCCAACCAAUAAUUGGGCGUCGACAAUGCGAUUGCAAAGGCCAAAGUCCGUAAGUUGAAAGCUAUAACCACCAGUGGAGAGAGAUUGGUAGAGGAACUGCUCCGGCGGCUGGGAAGCGCUCUAGGCUACGGGACAGUCGGUUUCG